AUGGCGGAAGCUCUGGCUAUCAGAUCUGCACUCUCACAAGCCCUCAAAAAGGGCUUCCUGAAUCUGCAUGUCAAAUCAGACGCUCAGGAUCUAAUCCGAGCCUUAACAGCGCAAGAGAAAAUCAAGGAGAUCAACAGUCUCCUUUUCGAUAUAAAUUCACUUGCAUCGUUGUUUACCUCUAUCGUUUUCUGUUUUAUUCCGAGAUCUGGAAAUCGUGAAGCUGACUCUCUUGCAACGCUUGCUGCGCUUGAUCUCAGCUUCCACCAGAGGAACCCCGUGUAA